CGCACAACGACAAUGCGACACACAAUGUAUCAGUUUAUCCGCAUUUGCUCUGCGACAUGAACAAAUGCAUGGGUAGUGGAAAGGAGCGGGAGGCGCUGAAGGUGUCCCCCAAUGCGCCAUGGUUAUCACACACUAUACGCAUUCUCGACAAAGCCUUGAUCAUGACCGGUGCUCCUUUGCGCGAAUCACUCAUCGAAUCUCUACUCGAUGCGCUUCAGGAUGCCACUAUAUCCUCUGAAGAUGGAGGGGCCAAGGGUGAAAACCCCCAAGACAUCGAUGAUACAUCAGACCGAGCCGCGAAGCGCAGAAAACUUUCUCCUCCGCUGUUUUUACCAGAUACUAUCCCUGCCCCCGAGCUGAAAAACCCCAUCCCUCGCAUUUCGGCUCCUUCAUUCGACUCUAUCGAACAUCAUAUUCGUCAUGUCAAGACUCCCUUGGUUAUUACCGAUGCCGUCGAACACUGGCCGGCGAUGUCGAGUAGGCCCUGGGCCUCGAAAGAUUACUGGUUCGAUCGCACCUUUGGCGGACGGAGACUUGUUCCAGUGGAGAUUGGGCGAUCGUAUACAGAUGAGGGAUGGGGACAACGAAUAAUGGAAUUCCGGGACUUCGUCGACCGAUAUCUGUGGCAUGGCCAGAUGCAGUCUUCAAACCAUUUUGACAGUAAACAGUGCCAAGAUGGGGUCGAAGACGAUGAGGGGCAUACCGGCUACAUGGCACAACACGAUCUGCUGGCUCAGAUUCCAGCUUUACGAAAGGAUAUUUGCAUCCCCGAUUAUUGCUACAUUGAUCCACCGGGGCCGGAACCCGGAACACCGGUAUACAUGAAGAAGCUCUGGGAGCAGGAAAGAAAACUUAACGGGACAGGCUCGCAGCCAGCAUCUACUGGCCAGGAUAGCCAGCACGAUGAUGACAAUGAUAGCUCGGCUUCGGAGCUGGGUCUCCCCGCUGAUCCGAUCAUCAAUACCUGGAUCGGUCCCUCUUGGACUAUAUCGCCUCUUCACCAUGACCCGUACCAUAACAUUCUGGUCCAGGUCGUGGGCGCGAAGUAUAUCCGUCUCUACUCUCCGAGGACGCCCGCGUCCCAAAUAUAUCCGAAAGGAAUGGAAGCCGUCCAGUCAUCGGAGAACAGAGAUAAUGCGGACGGUAAAGCCAAUGAACCACGGCUCAUUGAUAUGUCCAACACAUCGCAAGUCGACCUUGCAGCUAUCGAACUCUCCCCCGCCGAGUCCGACCAAUGGGAUGCAAUGUGGCCGGGCUUUAUGCAGGCGGAAUACGUUGAAACGGUCCUCCAAGAAGGGGAGUGCUUAUAUAUUCCUGUUGGGUGGUGGCAUUAUGUGCGUGGCCUGAAGGCAGGAAUCAGCGUUAGUUUUUGGUGGGAAUAAAACCUUUACGAUUACGAUGGCGUUCUUUACGUGUCUUGUCAGAUACCCUAUAUCGGCUAGUUAUUAUCUUCAAGAGCAGGAAUGGGGUUGUGGAGUUCAG